AUGCAGGCACCCUUGCGCAUCCCCCUGUCUUUGUGCCGCGCACUCCCUAUUGCCUGCGACCACACGACUCCGACAAGCUGCGACCUGUGGAGUCAGCUCGACUUUGCACUCGAGCCAUGCCCGUGGACUCCAGCCAGCCUUCCGGACAUGCUACCUUUCCACGACGACGACCAGCCCCUUCUGGGGGCACAUCGCUUGCCCUUCUCAUGCGGGCAGUUGAGGCAGUUUCUUCUACCUCAAUGCAGCCUUGGGGACGGCUGGGAUAUUCUCCUCGCUAUCAGUCAAAAGGAUUUGGAGCAGUGCCGCGCACUCCAGCUGCGCUCCUGUGAUUUCCUGUCAACCGACACGCACUGUUUUACGGAUGGCUCCUUUGAUGCCGGGGUGCCAAACCCUGAGAGCACUUGCACAUGGGCAUGUGUCUUCAUCUCGCCCCACUCCGGACGAUGUGUCGCUGUCUCGGGCCUUGUGCCUACUUGGGCCUUCCCCGUCGACAAGCCCUCUGCUUUCAUCGCCGAAUGUUACGCCCUCCUUAUUGCCGCCUGGCUGAGUGUCACUCGGUUCCAUCACUCCCAGAUUGUGCUUAGAUCCGACUGCACCUCGGCCAUCGGUGUAUUUCAGGGCAUUUUUGCAGGAGCCCCUGAUGGGGUUGCGGCUGUGCUGCGCAGUCUUGGCUUGUUUUGUCGCGAAUUUUCGCACUUCUGUCCAAGGGUUGCCCAUAUUAGAGGCCACCAGGGGUGUCUUGGCAACGAACUUGCUGACUGCCUUGCCCGAGCAGCGGCCAAAGGACGUCCAUGCGGGCGGUUGGAAUGGUCACCUGACAACUCCCAGCCUUGGUGGCACCAGGGAGGUUCCCCACUGGGUUGGGCAUCUGUUGCCAUCGCACGCUUUGCGCGCAAUGUCUCAUACCCGUCCCCUUGUGCUGAGGGCCUGCAGCCCUGCCGCGAUACUCUCGGCCUUGAACCUCUGCAGCUUGUCGCUCCUUUUCUGCCCACCCCAGCCCCUCCAGGUACGAGUGACGGUCAGAGCAGCUGGGGCCACUUCUCGUUGCGAGUCUGCUCUUUCAACGUGCUCUCCCUUAACAGCCAGUCGCUAGAGGGUCCCGCCGCUGAGGGACUUGCCUUCCAGCCGGCAAGACCCACCCUCCUUGCCAACAGUCUCCGCGACGCUGGCAUCCACAUUGCAAUGCUGCAGGAGACGCGAACAGAAGAGGGCGUCCUGCAUUCACAGGGCUACCUCCGCUUCGCCUCUGGAGGCACUCGGGGCACCCUCGGUGUCGAGGUGUGGAUCUUGGAAGGCCACCAGCUUUUCUCUUCCAACCAUGGCCCCGGCCGUGUGCGCCUAACCAGAGAGGCAUGUGUUGUCGCGCACCGCGACCCGCGCCGCCUGCUGCUCCUUUUCAAGCAGGACGGCUUCAGUUUGUUGAUUGUUUCAGCGCACGCCCCGCACCGUGCAUGCGAAGUCAGUGCCAUCGAUGAAUGGUGGAAGGAAACCCAUCGCCUCUGUGUCAGGCAUGCGCAGUCAUCCCCGAUCUUGUUCGGUGGAGACAUGAAUGCUUCUGUUGGUUCCGUGCCCACCGCUGCCAUCGGCGAUCAUGACCCGGACCAACAGGACGAGUCAGGCGCCAUGCUGGCGUCAUUUCUUGCUGCGCAACAGCUUUGGCUGCCGUGUACCUUUUCCUUUUGCCAUAGUGGUCCGUCCGGCACAUAUAUGCAGAAAAGGAAUGGGGCUAUGUCGAGAAUAGACUUUAUUGCCUGUCCCGAUGCCUGGAAAAGUGGGAACAUCAGCACGUGGACCGAUUCCACUCUCCAUGCUGGGCAGACUUCCAUCGACCAUGUUGCCACAUGCUGUCAGCUCGACCUUCCCCUCAACCUUUCUGGCAAACCCGGGCACCGCAGCAAACGUCGAUUCGAUGGACGGGCUAUGCUCACGCCCAAGGGGCGGGAGGCCGUGGAAGGCAUUUUGCAGCAUGCCCCGCAGAUUCCAUGGUCUGCCAAUCCGCAUGCACAUGCCGCGACUCUUGUGAGUUAUCUUCAAGAUGCUCUAGCUACUGCAUUCCCUCUUCAGCCAGGCAGACGGCACAGGCCUUACCUCUCUGACUCCACCUGGGCCCUGCACAGUGAGGUCGCCAGGCUAAGGAAGUCUUGUACGCGCAUCAAAUGCGCUCUGAACUUUCAUUUCCUCGCUGCCGCCUUCCAGGCAUGGGCUGGCGCUGACGGGCGCAUCCUCAUGCGUAUGCUCGACUCCGCCUGGACUCGGGAGGCUCAUCGAGCGGGGGCCCAGCAGAGCCAUCAUCUUGGAGAAGCAUCGCGCAGACUCAAGGCAGCCUGCAAGCAAGACCGGGCCACAUACUUCAGCGAGCUCGCGGACGAGGUCCAGCGAGACGCACCCCACGCCAGUAAGGCAGUCCAUCGUCUGAUGGGCCUCCGACGCCGUAAGCCUUUCCGCCCAGAAGUCUUACCCAUGCUCCAGAAGGCCGACGGGAGUCUUUGCCGAACUCCCGAUGAGGUCGUCCACCGAUGGCGUGAACACUUCCGAGACCAGGAAGAUGGUUUCGAAGCCUCGCCACACGAGCUCGCCGUUCUACCUGUAGCGGAGGCUGGCCCUGUUGGCCCCCCGCUUCUCAGCGACAUGCCCUCGCCUGAUGUUCUGCUGCAGGUCAUUGCCUCCUCGCAAAAAGGUAAGGCGGCCGGGCCCGAUGGCCUUCCGGCUGAGGUUGGCCAUGCCUCCCCUCAAGCCCUGGUGCGGCUGCUUAUGCCUCUCCUUGUCAAGAUAGGCUUUACUUGCGAAGAGCCUAUAGGUUUCAAAGGUGGGACCCUUAGCCGGCUCUACAAGGGUAAGGGCGACACUUCUCAGUGCGCCAGCUACCGAGCCAUUAUGCUCCUCCCGACUUUGGCUAAGUUCCUUCACAAAGCUUUCCGCCCUGGUCUCUAUGAGGUCUUCAGGAGCAAUGCUGCACCGGCACAGCUAGGCGGACUCAAGGCGACAUCCGUCGUUUUGGGCUCCCACCUCACCCGCGCCUUUACCAGGUUCUGUGCUUGUGCCGGCAAGACUAGCAUUGUUCUCUUCACCGACGUUGCAUCUGCUUAUUAUUCUGCUGUCAGAGCCCUCACUGCCCGUAAGACUCCAGAUCCUGUCGGGAGCCCACCCUCUUGCCCCGACCGCGAUCAUCUUGCGGAAGCCCUCCGGCAGCCCUCUGCCAUGGCACAGGCUCAGGCCCCUCCUUGGGUCGAAGCUCUCACGGCCGAACUGAACAGCAACACCUGGAUGUGUCUAGCAGGUGACCACCAGCCGAUCGUAACUCGUCAGGGCUCGCGUCCUGGCUCGAGCUUUGCAGACUUGUUUUUCGGUGUCACCAUCCCGCGCAUGCUGCGGUGGCGAGACGACGCGCGCUCCUGCCCAGCAGCGUCACAUCCGCACAUUGAACACACGCCUGAGAUAUGGUGGGACGGCCUGUGUGACUUCUCCCCGCCAUCUGCCGAUCCCUCUGCGUGGCGGGUCUCCACCAGGCUCAGCGAUGUGAUCUGGGCUGACGACCUUGCCAAGUGCAUCAUCGCUCCCGAGGCGAACAAUGCGGCUUUCGCCGCCGCCUUCGAGUGCGGACUCCUUGCCGAUGCCUUUUAUGCCCACGGGUACGAGCUUAGUUUUGGCCCUACGAAGACCGCUGCGAUUAUUGUUCCGCGUGGCCCUGGCGCUCGCAAAACGCGACGCGCUCUCUUCAGCUCCAAGCCCGUGCUACCGGUUUUGCGUGAGGAACAGGGAGCUGCCGAGCUCCCACUCGUUACCUCCUACCGCCACUUAGGGGUCAAGAUCACGUCAGCUGUUUCUCUCAUUGCGGAGCUACGGCACAGGGCCUCGCAAGCUUGGGCUGCCUACCAGCAGGGAUGCACCAGAGCCAGAGUCUUCCGCUCAGGGCGGAUCGCGCUCAAGCGGCGCGGGCUCCUUCUCUCCACGCAUGUCAUGACCCGUUUGCUUUUUGCUUCCGGCGCUUGGCCUGCUCUUAGCAAAGGAGAGCACGCUUUCUUUUUCAGGACGGUCAUUGCCCUUUACCGCCACACGCUUGCCAUUCCGCACGGGGGUGACCAACACCUCUCACAUGCCACAAUCUGUGCGCUGAUUGGCCAACCGCCUCCUGAAGUGUUGCUCCUGACGGAGCGUGCGCGCUACAUACUGCAGCUUGUCAAUGCGGCACCUGCGCCGCUAUGGGCCCUCAUACGGCGCGACCCGCCGUAUGUUGCGCAUGUCCGCGAAGCCCUACUCUGGGUCUACCGUUGGGUGUGCGCCACAUCCCCCCUCGGUGACCCCGAGUCGACCUGGCCUGAGUGGGAACUUAUGCUUAAGCAGCGCCCGCACGUCUUCAAGGCUCUCAUUAAGCGUGCCUGCCAUGCCGUAUUGCCUUUCCAAGUCGUACCGCUUGGGCCUGCCAUGCGGCCUGUGGGCGUCUCUACGCCAAUAUUGGGCGGCUUAAAAGGCACAUCGGGGCAUCGGCCAAGUGCAGGCGAUUGGGACCACUUCUCACUCGAGCUCGAUCCGGCCUUUGCCCACCCGGGUUUGCUAGCCGACCUGCGAGCUUUAGAUUCGCCCACGCAAGAGCUGGUCUGGGGUCAAGUUGUUGAAUACAUUGAGCCCCUUGAUGUCCUGCGCAAUACCCUCGACGAGUGGCAAAAAUCCCCAGGUCCCUUCCAGGACACCGACUUUGUUGCCACUCUCGCAGCGGAUGUCCGUUUGCUUCUCGACCCCGAACUCUUGUGUGAUGACUUCCGGGCUCCGAAGCAUCCCCCCAUGCCAGCUGUGGCAUGCCCGCCUUUGCCUACGGCCGGACCUGGCAAAAUCGGUUUCGUCCUUACCGGGCAUGUCUGCACAGUCACGAUCAGUGACCCACCGCUUAGGGACUUUGUUUACCCUUUCAGGGCUAGUGUGCCGUUGGCAGCCGCCAGACGGCAAGCAGACUGGCUGGAAGCCGCGUGUGACUCUGUUGGCGCUGCCCUGCAGCAAUCCACGUCACAUCCUGUCGCCUUCCGCCUCUCAUCCCUUGCCUCAGAGUGCCUUGCCCCGGUCCCUGAGUGGCUUCUGUCUUGCGGUUUCAGGGUCGAGUCAGGGUACAUUCGCUCUCCUUUGGAUUGA